AUGGGGGAGAAUACGGGACUGAUUAGACCAGGUUACUUCAGUGAUUGGCAUGCUGCCGAUUUCUCUGGAUUCGAUUUCGGGGAUGGACAGACCGACCGCCGGAGGCCUUGGCACCGGAUUCUUGCUCAUCCCAGCCGCCGAUUAUCUCAGCCUUACUGCCUUAGCCUACUACUUCGAGCACCUUUAACUGAAACUGCUACAAGCAUAGACCUCUCCCAUAAUCGAUUAGACGGUCCUAUUCCUGAUGCCUUCGGGGAACUGAUUUUUCUUGAGGACCUUAGUUUAUAUAACAAUAAGCUACAUGGUGGGAUUCCCAAAUCUAUGGGGAAUGUAAGUCAUUGGAUCUUGCUAGAUUUAUCUGGAAAUAAUUUAAAUGAGUCUAUUACCGAGUUAUUUCGCAAUUUGUCCGGAAAAGUAGAAAUGUCGCUUGAGAGUCUAGAACUCUGUUGGAAUCAAUUUUUUGGUGCCUUGCCAGAUCUCACCAAAUUUUCACGCUUAAGGAAAUUGAGACUCUGCAGGAAUCAACUAAAUGGGUUUCUCCCACAAAGUCUUGGACAACCUUCGAGACUUGAAGUUUUAGACUUAGAAUACAAUCAUAUUUCAGGAUCAUUGCCAGAAUUGAAAGUAUACUCAUCAUUGAUAGAACUAUGUCUCACCAGCAAUCAAUUUAAAAGGCUACCUGAAGGCAUUUGGCAACAUUCCAAGCUUGAAAUUUUCAUCGCCGCUUCAAAUUUGUUGGAAGGUGCAAUCACUGAUGCCCAACUCUCUAACCUUGCCAACUUAAAAAGCCUAGAUUUAUCCUUCAAUAGUCUGACUUUGAACUUGAGCUGUGACUGGGUUCCUCCUUUUCAAUUGAAUGAUAUAUUCCUUAGCCAUUGCAAUAUGGGUCCUCAUUUUCCAAAAUGGCUUCAAACUCAGAAUAGAUAUGUAAAUCUUGAUAUAUCUGUUGCUGGCAUAUCAGAUGCAGUACCUGUUUGGUUUUAG